AUGUCUUCAGUUCCUCCACCCUCAGAAACGAUGGAUCAACGUCUUCAAGGAGAAUGCUCUGUCAAUCAGAAGGCUUCAAACGAAACUCUGGUAGCAUGCCCUCACAAGCGCGAAGGACGAAUUAUAGUCAUCUGCGCGGAUGGGACUUCUAAUGAAUUCGGCGUGAAGGGCACCAAUGUAAUCGAGUUUUUCAGCCGCAUUGUCAAGUCAAGAAGACAAAUAAUAUUCUACAUCAGUGGCAUUGGGACACACACCACUUCGAAGAUAGGCCGUCUAUUUGACAUGGCUUUUGCGAAUUCCUUCGAAAAGAAUCUGCUGAUCGCCUACAAGUGGCUGGCAGAGACAUACGAGCCUGGAGACAGAAUAUUCUUGUUUGGCUUCUCACGGGGAGCGUACCAAGUACGUGUUAUUGCAGGAAUGAUUGAAGGGGUUGGACUUAUAUACCCAGGUUACAUUGCCCAACUUCCCGCUGUAUUUAAACUCUACAUGUCAACGACGGAGAAAUCAAGAGAAGAGACUAUGAAACAAACCAAGGCAAAGGACUUGUGCAAGAUGUUCAAGCGAUCAAUAUCGCAGCCGGGCGUCAAUGUACAUUUUGUUGGUGUCUGGGACACAGUGUCAUCUAUCGGAGUAAGGAGGGGUGCAAGUCUUCCCGGAACUGUAACCGGAAUGUCACAUGUGUGCCACUUCCGCCAUGCCCUUGCACUUGAUGAGCGAAGGGUCAGGUUUUGGCCUGAACAUGCAAAUAGCCAACCAUCGGAUAAUGCUGGAUUGAGGCAUUGCGGUGAUGUGAAAGAAGUGUGGUUUGCUGGCAGCCAUUCCGAUAUGUGGACAUUUGCUCCCUUUGCUCCAGCUCUUCGGUGGAUGACUUAUGAAGCCAUGAAGCAUGGACUUCAGAUGCGCCCAUAUAUUGGUCGAUGGGAGACCCCUGAGGUGACCAAGUCCCUCAAAGGAGCCUGGAAUAUUCUUGAGGUCCUGCCCUUGCGUCGCCCUUCAGAUGAAGGUCACAGACUUACACGGAUACCCCACCUUGGUGCUGCUCGUCAUAUCCAGAAGGGCCAGUACAUCCAUGAGUCUGUGUUAAAAUUCAUGGGUAUACAUGAGGCAACUGAGUCUCCUAGUGGAAAACUCCCUGUCCUUCCAUGUUAUGUGCCAUUUGCAGUUCUCCCCAACAAGGUCUCUUGGAGAGAUCAUCAACUUCUUUCUGGGUUGGUUGAGUGGGACGUGUUUCCAAGUCUCGAUUCAAUUAUCUCGGGAAUUGAUCAUGCUACAAAGGAAAGGGAUAUAGAGCGCUUGAAGCAUGAGGUUGGGGUGCUGGCAAUGAGUAUCUCACCAGAUAUCAACAAAUAUCCUGCUCCUCAAGAGUUGCCAAAGUUCCUUUCAGCAAUCAACUUCUUGAGAACUCAAGAUAAUGUUCCGAAGAUUGUGAUUACCACACUUCUCUCUGUCUUGUGUGAGCUUGCACCACAUCCUGAACACAAGCUCCCAUUCUCUACAUUUCGUGAUAUUGCUCGAAAGGCUCGGAAGGCUCGCAAGCAUUACCCAGAGGUUAUCCGUCGCCACUGCAACUUACGCGAAGCCUCAUACGACUUGCACAAUGGUGCUCAAAUUAAAUCAGUCAUUAUGCCGGACACAGACAUGAUUCUAUCGGCAUCACCAGAACAAGUGGUGAUUCAGAAUCAGCACGAGGCACCAAUACAAUCAAUUCACUUUGAUUAUCAAGCAAGUGUUUCUUUUCAAGCAGAUGGAUCGAAAUUUGCAACAAGCGAUCUCAGAGGAGAUGUUGAUAUAUGGGAUACCAAGACAGGGGAGGUGGAGAGGACAUUGCGAAGUUACUCCCAGCUGCUAGACUACAGCUGGUCUUUGGCUUUCUCGCCAGACGGCAAGAAGAUUGCAGCAGGAUCACUGCGGGGAAACAUUCGGCUAUGGAGCACACAAACAGGUCAAUGUCUAUUCUUCAAAAUGGGGCACACUUCGUUUGUGAGGCAAUUGAGCUUCUCCCCUGAUGGAAGUUGGUUUGCAUCCGGGUCUAAUGAUGCUACUAGGGAGUGGGAUGAAGUAGGGAGGUCCGAGGUGUUUGAAUGGGGUCAGAUGGUUGGCUCUGUAGCAGUGUCAAGGGAUCAUAUUCUCUCUGCCUCGAACGACUCGAAGAUUCGAGUAUGGAAUGCCAAUUCCGGUGAUUUGGUGAGGGAGUUGGAAGGACACACUUACCCAGUCUCUUGCAUGGCCUUUUCAACAGACUUCAAGUUCAUCAUCUCAGUAUCUGCGGAUGGCACUGCUCGUCUGUGGGGUGAUUCAUCCAACAUGGCGUUGGUGAUCUACAACGUUGGAGAGGAUAUAGAGUCUAUUGCUUUUUCAUUUGAUGGCAAAAAGAUUGUGACAGGUUCAGACAAGGGAAAAAUUGAUAUCUGGAAUGCUGAUGUAUUACUGUAG